AUGGCUUCCAUUCAAACCCAAAUGCUCUCAUUCUAUGCCAUAUUUCUAUCCAUUCUCUUAACAACAAUCCUUUUCUUCAAAGUGAACUCAACUGAAAUCACUUCCUUCAGUAUCCCCAAGUUCAAGUUCCGCCCAGACCAACCAAACCUAAUCUUCCAAGGAGGUGGCUACACCACAAAAGAGAAGCUGACACUGACCAAGGCUGUAAAGAACACUGUUGGCAGAGCUCUCUAUUCCACACCUAUCCAUAUCUGGGAUAGCGAAACAGGCAACGUUGCUGAUUUUGAAACUACCUUCAUUUUUGUCAUAGAUGCACCCAACGGCUACAACGUUGCCGACGGGUUUACGUUCUUCAUCGCACCUGUAGAUACUAAGCCGCAAACCGGCGGUGGAUAUCUCGGAGUUUUCAAUGGCAAAGAUUAUGACAAAACUGCUCAAACUGUUGCUGUUGAGUUUGACACUUUCUAUAACGCUGCUUGGGAUCCAAGCAACGGAAAGAGACAUAUUGGAAUCGAUGUGAACAGUAUCAAAUCCAUUAGUACUAAGUCGUGGAAUUUGCAGAAUGCUGAAGAGGCUCAUGUUGCGAUAAGUUUUAAUGCUACUACUAAUUUGUUAAGUGUGACUUUACUUUAUCCUAAUUCACUUGAGGAAGAAAAUCUAACUGGCUAUACUCUUAGUGAAGUUGUGCCUUUGAAAGAUGUUGUUCCCGAGUGGGUAAGGAUUGGUUUCUCAGCUACCACUGGAGCAGAAUAUGCAACACAUGAAGUUCUUUCAUGGACUUUUCUUUCUGAGUUGACGGGACCUUCAAAUUCUAAGCAAGCUGCAGAUGCAUAG